UUGCAUCAUAAUUUCUACAACCAGUUAUUAUUCUUUCAUAGGCCUUACUACCAUUCUUCAUUGCUUCAAACAAGAAAUAGAAACAAUGGCAAUCAGACAAGAAAGAUGUAACCAGUGUGGAACACUACUAGUGGUUCCACCAGAGGUUCAAGCCUUUAAAUGUGCAGUGUGCCAUGGCAUCACAAAGAUUGUACUCCCAGGGUCACUGAGUCAAGCCUACAACUCUGUUUCUCAUGUUGCUGGUCGUUUUAGAGGCUUCAUCAACACUAUUAUGAUGACUAGUUCAGUUAACAACAACAAUCAAGGUUAUGGGGCAACACCACAUUUUGGGUAUUAUCUUCAGCCUCAGCCACUAAGGCCCUUGAUUCCUCCUUCUGCAUUUGGCUCAAAGCGUGCAGUGUUGUGUGGAAUAUGCUACCAUGGAAAGAGUUACAGGCUUAAGGGCUCCUUGAAUGAUGUAAAGUGCAUGAAGUACUUUCUGAUUAACCACUUUGGGUUUCCAAGUGACUCCAUCCUCAUGCUCACUGAUGAUAAGGAGGAGAAGAACCCACUAAGAAUCCCAACGAAAUACAACAUUCAAAUGGCUUUGAAGUGGCUGAUUGAGGGUAGCAGAUCAGGGGACUCAUUGGUGUUCCACUUCUCAGGACAUGGUACAAGGGAAGUGAAGAGUGAAGGAUAUGAUAAAGCAAUUUGUCCUGUUGAUUAUGAGCACAAGGGGAAGAUACUCAGUGAUGAGAUUAACUCUGCAAUUGUUAGGCCACUACCACUUGGUGCUAUACUUCAUGCCAUCAUUGAUGCGUGCCACAGUGGCACUGUCCUAGAUUUAUCAUUUGUGUGCAAGAUGAACAGGGAAGGGUAUUACAGAUGGGAGGAUCAUAGAAUUCCUAGUGCUAUAACAAGAGGAGGGAUGGCAAUUUGUGUUUCAGCUUGUGAUGAUGGUCAAAUCUCUGUAGAUACAUCUGCCUUAAGUGGUAAAGAAGUGACUGGUGCCUUGACUUAUAGUUUCAUCCAAACAGUGCAAAAUGAACCUGGAUUGACUUAUGGCCACUUGCUCAGUGUGAUGCGUUCAACCAUCAAGGGGACUAGAACAGGCAUAGUUGUUCUAAAUGGUCCAAUUGCUUCUCUGUUAAAUACACUUCUUGGCCAGCACAUCACGCAGGAGCCACAACUAUCGUCUUCGGAGAUGUUUGACAUGUAUAAAAAGCAGUUUGUACUAUGAUAAUGACAUGGUAUAUUCUCAUCACAGGAAGUAUAUAUGUAACUGUGAAGUUUAUAGCCAAAAUGACAGAAAAAGUUGUAAUAUUCGAAAAGUUUAAAAAUGGAGUGUAGUGUUGGAGAUUUGUAGAGACGAGGGUUUUAGAAACAUAGAAAAAUACUACUCAAAUGUAAGUCGUGUUUUUCAAGAUGUAUUUUGGAAGACAUUACCUAAGUCAGUGGUCCGUCUCCUAUAAAGUGAAUGAGAGAGUGAAUUAGACAAU